AUGCUUCUUAAAUCACUCCGCUCCUCCCUUGCCUUCAGAAACGACACAAAAACCAAAACCUCCUUUCUAACAAUCCUCCAAUCAUUUUUCUCAGUCCAAAAUCCUCGAGCAUGGAUUCUCCUCACCGUCCUCUUCAUUCAGAUCCUCUUAUUCUUCAACCUCCGUAGAUUCCCAAUCUCGGUUCCUCCUCCCCACCAUCACUUCCCCACUCGCCUCACUCUCACCCAAACCGCCGCCAUUCAAAACGCCACUGUAUUGGAUUCUUCUCCCACUAUCAACAACGACCAAUGUAACUCCGGUAGGGUUUUCGUCUACGAUCUUCCGAAAUUCUUUAACCAAGAAAUCCUCGAUAAUUGUGACAAUCUCAAUCCAUGGAGUUCCCGCUGUGAUGCUCUCUCCAACGAUGGAUUCGGACAGAGCGCAAUCGGACUUGCCGGAAUUAUCCCGGAGAGUCUCCUUCCGUCGUGGUACUGGACUGACCAAUUCGCCUCAGAAGUUAUCUUCCACAACCGUAUAUUAAACCACAAGUGCAGAACCAUGGAGCCAGAAUCCGCUGCGGCGUUCUACAUUCCAUUCUACGCUGGACUCGCGGUAGGGAAGUACUUAUGGGUGAAUUCUUCCACCGCGAAGGAUCGCGAUCGUCACUGCGAGAUGAUGCUGACGUGGCUUCAGGAGCAAACGCCUUACAAAAAAUCUAAAGGCUGGGAUCACUUCAUCACGAUGGGGCGCAUCACAUGGGAUUUUCGUCGCUCCAAAGACGAAGAUUGGGGUUCUAGUUGCAUCUACAAGCCAGGGUUAAGAAACAUCACGCGCCUUCUGAUAGAACGAAACCCGUGGGACUAUUUUGACAUCGGUGUUCCCUAUCCUACCGGAUUCCACCCUGAUUCCUAUUCCGACGUCAUUCGCUGGCAGAGUUUCGUCCGUGGACGCCGACGAAACUCGCUAUUCUGCUUUGCCGGCGCGCCUCGUCGAACUUUCCGCAACGAUUUCAGGGCAAUUCUGUUGAAUCAAUGCCGUGAAUCUGGUGGAUCGUGUCGCACCGUGGACUGCGGCGGGGCACGGUGCUUCAACGGAACAUCAGCAAUCACAGAAACCUUUCUAGACUCCGAUUUUUGUUUGCAACCGAGAGGGGAUAGUUUCACUCGCCGGUCCAUUUUCGAUUGUAUGGUAGCCGGUUCGAUACCGGUUUUUUUCUGGCAGAGAUCCGCUUAUUUACAGUAUCAAUGGUUUUUACCGGAUGAACCGGGGAGUUACUCGGUUUAUAUAGACCGGGAAGCAGUAAAAAACGGUACUUCUGUUAAAGCAGUGCUUGAGAGUUACACAAAAGAAGAGGUAAGAAAUAUGAGGGAGAAAGUAAUUGAGUACAUUCCAAGGAUGGUUUAUGCAAAACAUAGCAAAGGGAUAGAGGGUGUUAAGGAUGCAUUUGAUUUUGCCAUGGAAGGGGUGUUAACAAGGUUCAAGGAACAACUACAACCUGGGUUUCAUAAGUGGAAAUAA